AUGACUAGACAUUAUAACUCAAAUUCUAAAAAACAAGCAAAAAAAAAAGCAAAUUUUCAUGAGAAAGAAUCUAAUGUAGAUGUUAAUAAAGCUUCUAAUUCAAAUAUGAUGGAGAUAGAUGCAAAUGCAACAAAUGCACUUCAAACAUUUGCAACAUCAACAAAUGCAUCUAUUAUUAAUACAAAAGAACCAAUUUCACCUCAUUCUAUUGAAGACUCAUCAAACACAUUUAAUGAUAAUGGAAAUUCAGGUUCAAAUGUGGAGGACAACAAGAUGACACAAGAUAAAAAUAAUAUUAAUAAAAAAAAAUUUGUUGAAAAAUUUUUGAUCAAUUAUAAAGGGUUUGUGGGUCUCUACAUUACCAGAUUUGGCAAACAAAGGAAAUUUGUUGCUAACUUCGAUAAUGAAGAGGAUCUUAAUAACCUUGUUGUCACAGACUUACCUGAUUAUGAAGGUAUCCGUUUCUCUAAAGAACUUGCACCAGUUGGAAACAUUAAUAAAGAAAAUUCAAUAAGAGUUAAGAAUAUUCCACUUAAUACAAGUUCAACUUUAGUACAUGCUACUUUUGAAAAAUAUGGAAAAAUUAUUAAAUUCUCUAUGCAAACCAAAGACUUAUGGCAAGAAGCCAUAAUUUAUUUUGAAAAAAAGGAAGAUAUUUUACCAUUUCAUAAUGAAACAUGGGCAGUCUUUAUUCUAAAAGAUAUGGUUAGAGUAGAACCAUUAAGCAUGAAUGAAAAACAAUAUGAAAAAAGACAUUUACAUGCCCUCAAACUUGGUCACCUCCCUUUUGGAACUACAGCAAGAGAUCUUGUUGAAAUAAUCAAUGCAACAAAAGCAAAGGCAAUUUUCAUACCUAAAACACGCAAAUCAUAUGUCAACUGUAGAUAUGGAUGGUUUUUCUUUGAUUCUGAUGAAGCAGCACAUGAUGCACAAAUUAAUUGGUAUACUCUCAAUAAUACUGAAUUAUUUUGGGCAUCAGAAGAUACUGCACUCUGUAGAAAAUGUGGACAUCCUGAUCACACUAUUACAGAAUUAUCAUUUGCAGAUGUUGCAAAAAACAGUAUUAGGACAUCUCUUGAUGAUUCCAUUCAUGCUGAAAAAAUAGGUAACAAAACAGAAGAUGUUUUAAAAAAACUUAUGGAAAAAGUUGAAGAUAUAUCAACCAAACUGAAUCAUCUUACUCAGAAUAUUCAGGAAAUCAAUAUCAGAAUUAAAGUACUUGAGGAUAAAGACAGUACUAAACCUAAACAAGGAAAUACAGAUCCUUAUAUAACUGUAUGCACCCCCAUCUUGAAAAAACCCACAUACAAACCUGGAAUUUCUAAUUCUCACAAGAGAUCUAGAGAAUCAUUUACAUCUUCAUCUGAAGAAAGCCAAGCUUCAACAACCAAAGUUAACAAAAACACUGAUGAAAGUCAAUUGAUUGUUAAACAACAGGAAGAACUAAAUAAAAAUGCAAAAAAUCUUUCUCAAGACAUGGCUGACAUCAAAAAUAUGAUUGGCAAUAUUUCAUCCAAAUUCAUUAAUAAAUCUAAUAAUGAUGAGGAUGAUGUAAUCAAAACACUAUGCAAAGAUAACCAAAUGGACAUAAUUGGUAUAUCUGAAACCAAACUCAACCGUAACAACUCUAAACAUUGUAUGAGAAAAUGUAAUACAUUUCAAUCUUUUUGGAGCUCACACCCUGACCAGCCUAACUCAGCUGGUGUAGGUCUUCUUAUUUCAAAAUCAUUAGCUAGACAUAUAGUAAAAAUUGAAAAAUAUCAAGGACGCAUAAUAUAUGCUGACUUAUAUUUUAAAGGAAAGAAAAAAUUACGAAUUAUUCAGGUUUAUAUCAAUUCUAAUACCAACAAAAAACAAGAAAGAAUUACAACUUCAAAACAAGUAAUUAAAUAUUGUCAAGAGGCAUUAAACAAAAAUUUUUUUACAAUUGUAAUGGGUGACUUCAAUGCAGACCCUGAAAUUCUUCAUAAUUUGCAGAUUAAUAAUCAUACUAUACCUUACACAUAUAAUCUGAUUUCAACAUUACAAACUUUAAAUUUUAUAGACAGUCUUAAAAUCACAAAUCCAAACUCACCUCAAUACACAUGGUCUAAUAAUAACUCAAAAUCACGUAUAGAUCAAAUUUGGAUUUCGCAUAAUUUUGCUCAUGAUCUUGCUCGCACAAAAACUGUUGAUUAUACAUCAAUUUUUUCAACAGACCAUAAAUUAAUAUGGUGUGAUUUAAUAACUUCUAAUUUCUACAAACAUCGUUCCGAUAAUAAUGAACAAAGACAUUGGGAUUAUAACCAGUGUAUAAAUAAUUUUCAACCUACAUGUUCUUGGUUAAAUAGAUCAUGGACCAUACUACAGCAAAUAAUUAUCCAAACUGCUGACAAAGAAAUACCAUUUGAUAAAAUUAGCAGGAAAGAUAGUAAUAAAAGAUCCAAAGAUACUUUGAUAUUACAUAAAUCCCUUAAAUCAUUUGGUCGUUUACUUCAACAAUUUCUUCAAAUCAAAAAUCUUGUAAAUAUAAAUCAGUGCAAUACCAUGUGGAAUGAUAUAAAAAAGAACAUUACCAAGAUUACUCAAAACCUUGAAAUACCUUUAGAAAACCUACCUGAUACUUUAUAUGAUAAUGUAUAUGAACAAACAUAUAAAUAUUUAAUAUCUAUCUUCAACACCAUUAAAUCACAGAAGAAAAUAGAAGACAAGAUUGAAAUUGAAAAGCAAAUUAAAUUUUUCACGAAAAAAAGAUGUGAACAUUAUACAUCAAAUCAAAAAGUCAUGAUUAACAGUAUUUUAGAACGUGAAAAACAAUCUAUUAGAAUUAAUCGUUGCGUAAUUAACAAAGAUGGUGAAGAUGAAAUUCUCCUCUUACCUGAUGAUGUUAAAAAAGCAACUAAAAAUCAUUUUAGCAGUAUUUCAAAUAAUAAUCAUACUACACCUAAUACAUUACCAUCUCCAUGUUGA